AUGUCGUACUAUGACAUAGAUUCCAUUCUGACAGACGCCGAGAAAGUCCCCUGCAAAUUUGAACUCGAUGUCGCCGACCUCGGAUACCUCGACAAUAACCCCUCGCAUGUUCUGAAGGCAGGAACCAAUGUCUCCCUCCCACUCUGGCUCGCCGAGAUGCUCGCCCUUGCCAACGCGGGCAUCGACGACGACUCCAAGGCGCCGGUCACCUUGAACCUUCCUCCCUCGCUAUCGGACCAAGUCGUGCAAGCACUCAAGGCCGAUGCGCGCUCAGUGCCGGUCAGAGACCAGAGCGCCCACUUUUACGGACUCGGCACUCGCAUUCUGGAUCUCUUUGAAGAGCGCGACCUUAGCGAUACCAUGCGCAAGACCUUUAUAGCGCGCGCGUCUGAGAUCGCUUUGCACGCUCGAAAAGGAGGUGAUGAUGGUGUUGGAGGCUCCGGUGAGGACUUCCUCCGCGGUCUGGACGAGUGGGAGCGAGGACUCUUCCGAAAGGCCCACGACGGUACAAAGGCCUCCAAGGAAUGGAUGGACAAGGUCAAGAAGCACUGA